UUAUACAUUAAAGCAAUUAUCAUAAUUACAAUUAUCUAUAUAUAUAUAAAAAUUUAUGUUUAUAAAUUUUUCUGAUGCUAAUCAAUAAUGUAGCUAUAUUUUAAACUAACGUUCUUUUAAUUUGUUUAAGUAUGGCAUCAAAUACUUGUUCGCAUACAUCAUAGCACAUAGUUUUCGGGUUCUAGUAUAUUAUCAUUAUACAUGAUAUAUAUCAUAUUGUACUAUUAAGCUAUUUAGCAAACAAUUACAUAUGUGAAAGUACCCAUACAUCUAGUGCAUUAUAAUCAAGUUAAUUUGCAUACAUUCUCAGAAAUAUGCCUUUCAAUAUGCAAUAUGUUCAGUGUAUACUUUUUAGAAGGUAGUCAUUUUAAUAUCUACUUUUGUAUAUCCUUGGAUGAUACAGCAAAAAAAUAAAAAUCAUAAUGUAUUAUCACAAGUAAUAUCACAGAUGAGAUCGCAUAAACCAAUUAAUUAUACCCAUUAUUAUUAUUAUUAUUAUUAUUAUUAUUAUUAUUAUUAUUAUUAUUAUUAUUAUUAUUAUUACUAUUAUUACUAUUAUUAUUACUAUUACUAUUGUGAAUAUAAGACGAUUUUGCUGCCUAGAACGUGAACGUAUUAGUUAUUUAAUAUAUAUAUAUGAGUAUAUAUAUAUCAUAUACAUAAUUAAUGAAAUAAUUGGAAUAAUUUAGCUAGCUUAUAGAAUGGGGCGCCAAAAAUAUAAAAAGAAAUAAUCUGCUUGACCAACUGCUGGUUUUUAUGAUAUUUUUUUUCUUAUGUUAGAUCUUUUACUUCCUAACACUUAUUUGACCGCUCGUUUUUGAGGCUGUUGUUCAGUUAUUACUGGUUUAGAUGCGCAUGCAUUUGUUUCUAGCAAUAGAAAAGUCAAUUAAUCGGCUAACUGUCGACGAGCGUUGGCAAUGAAAAGCCGGUGAAUAGGCUAGCGGUAAAAAAAGUGUUAACAAAUUAUUAACAUAAACAAAUAGUUAUUCGUAUAUUCCAUUAAUAUGAUUACGAUAAUGAUGAUGUUGUGAAAUCAAACCACAUUUAUGUAGAAUAUGUCCAAUUGUCUCUCGGUAAUAAAAAAUAAAUUUCAUUCUAAUAUAUAGUUACUUUCAAAUAUGAUGUACUAGAGUUGGUGCCACUGUAAUUUUAGAAGAAUAUUUGUAAAAGCAGGAAGGGACACCAAAUAAUAAUCGAUAAAAACCUUAGAUAAAUCACUGUAUGCGAAAUGAAUAUAAUUUAUUUACAAAGAUAAAGUUUUAAAAUAACACGAUACAAUAAUUAUAAAACAAGAAAUGAGUUAGUAUAAAUUAAAAAAUCAGUUCAAUGAUAUAAAUUUCUUUAAAUGGCAAUUUAAAAUUUGGAGUCAUUUUAAAAGUAAGACUAGAGUGCGCUGACGCCAGUUUAGCUAUACACUCGCAUCUGCAUGUGUCAUGUUAAUGAAGUGAUUUUGUUUACGCUCAAAAAUUAGUUUAUUUUAUUAAUUCACAAAUAUUUUUUUAUUAUAUUUAUAAAAUAUGGAUUAUCGAUUAUAAUUAAAAAACAAUUUAUAAAUGUUAAGUAAGAUCUCACUAAAUUUACCAAAAUAAUAAAACAUGAUCAAGAUCUAACCUUUUUUCUACUCAUUGUCAAUAUGACAUCAUGUCAAAAACUCGCGGUAUGAAAUUCGUGAAUCAUAAAAUCUAGAAAAUGAAAUACGUAUCUUUACUUUAUUACAAGAUCAGCAAUCGGAAUAAUCAAUGAAAAAAAGUAAAUAUGACUGCUAUAAUAUUACUGUUUUGUAUAAAUAUAGUAUUAGGACAGGAAUAUGAAGGUUGUUUUAAGAGUCCUGCCGAAGAUCCUGAUUUAUCAUCCUUAAUUUCAAGUCGUAUUACUACACCCACUGAAUGUAUCGAACAAUGUCAUUCUCAUGAUCACAUGUUUGCCGGAUUACAAAAUGGACAAAGAUGUUAUUGCGGUAGCAAGUUUGGAAAGAAUGGUUUGUCUGACGCUUGCAAUAUUUCGUGUAUUGCAGAUACAUCUAAAUAUUGUGGAGGUCAGGAAGCUAUGAGCAUAUAUUCGACUGGACAAAAAGGUCCUAGUAGGCCAAGAACUAUUCAAAUAAUUCCUCAAAAAGAUAAUAGCUUUUUAAUAACAUGGCAGCCGCCAGAUAUAUCUAAUGGAAAUAUUACAUCUUAUACAUUGACAGCUGUUGCUAUUAAAACUUAUGCUUAUAACAUUUUACCACCGAUAGAAAGUCAAGUACAAGGUGGUACAUCUAAUAAUACUAUUUUAAGAGGUCUUCAACCCGGUACUAAAUACAACAUAUCCAUUUCUGCAAGUAAUUCACAAGGAAUUAGUAAACCAGCUUAUGUUACCGAAUGGACCUCCAUAGGUCCACCAGAUAAACCAAUAACACCAAAAAUAUUAAAUAUAGAUAAAACUACUAUAACUGUUAUGCUUUCCGAGGGAAGUAGCGAAAAUGGACCAGUGAGUGCUUAUCAAGUCGUAGUAGUUCAACCUGGUACAAUAUCUCCUGUGGGUUCGGAUGUUUUGUAUUCAAAUUAUGAAAAAUCGUUUCAAGAAGGUUUAGGUUAUUAUAUAACAGCAGAAUUCGAUGCAUCAGAUUUUCAUAAUUAUAAAAAAUUUGUGGUAGGGGAUGGAAGAUUAAUAGGCGGAUAUUACAACGCUCCUCUUAAAACUGAUUCCAUGAUACCUCAAAUAGGAUUAGUUGUUAUAUCGAAAGCACAAAGAGAAGUGCAGUAUUCCUAUUCUAAUUUUACCAACAGUAUUAAAGAAUCUCAAAAGGAUAAAAUUUAUCAAAUGGAUCCUGACGUGAUUGUCUUUAUUUUACGUAUGGGAAUUAUUUUCUUGGGAUCGUUACUUAUUAUAUCUAUACUAAUAUUUUAUUUAAUCAGACGCCGUCAUGAAAAGGCACAUAUAAUCAAACUCCCGGAACAGCAAGAAUUGACUUUACAAGGACCGUUGCACGAAGUAGAUAACAUGGGAUAUAUUCCAGAAGAUGUACCAGAAAGGGUUAAUCAUUAUCAAGAAUUAAAGAAUAAAGUGUGGAGUAUACCACAAAGUAGUUUAUCGAUCAAUAAUGCGAUCUUGCGUAGAGGACGAUUUGGUACAGUUCACUCUGGUACGGUACAAAAAGAUGAUCAAACUUGUUCGGUGGUAAUUCAUACUAUAGCUGAUCGUUCUUUAAAACCGUCAGAAAAGCAAGCCAUGUUAAGAGAGUUAGAUGUAUGUAUCAAAGCAUCAACGAUGAUGUAUCUUGCAGGUUUAGUUGGAACCUGUGAAACCUCGGAUACGUUAUACGUCGUUCUAGAAAUACCUCCGCAAUUAUUGAAACAUUUAUUAUUAUCUGCUAGAUCUGGAACAAUAUUUCCAGUUGAUCAAAUAUUACCCAUAGGUUCUUCAAUCGCAUCCGCGUUGCAGCAUCUUGAAAAUUAUAAGAUCGUUCAUACUCAUUUAUGUGCUAGAAGUAUAGGUAUUACCAAUGAUUGGAUACCUAAGGUCAUGGGUCAUGGUAUUUCAAAGUACGUCUUGGAAGACAUAAACUUUGCUCGAUGGAGGGCAAUAGAAUGUUUUACUAGUAAAAAGAAACAUCAGCCUGGUGUUGUCUGGGCGUUUGGAGUACUUUUAUGGGAAAUGCUUAGCAUGGGUGGAACUCCAUAUUCAAAUCUUUCAUUUGAUAGCGAGGUAGAGGAAGCGGUUGAACAAGGUAUCAGGUUACCACAAUUACCAGAUACACCUGAUCCACUGUACGAAGUGAUGUUGUCAUGCUGGCAAGUGGAUCCAGAAGAAAGGCCAACUUUUGACGAGCUUGAGAGAUUGAAUACUUUGAGUAUAUGUCCAAUCACUGCAUUUACGGAACCUUACAUUCCUGAGUUGGAGUUGAAUUAAUCUCGUUAAGUAUAUAAUAAUUAAAGUUACAUAUGAAUUAUUCAUAACGUAGAAGUACACCGACUGUACAACAAACUGGAAAUCAUUAACGUCGUAAAUUCACGCCGAUUAAGAUGGGCUGGUCACGUGGCGCGCAUGGGGGAGGAUCAAACGGCGCAUAAAAUACUGAUCGGUAUAUCGAACGGGAAAAGACCACUAGGUAGACCGAAAUGUAGAUGGGAGGACAAUAUUA